AUGGUUAGACCUGAGAUACAGGCACCUCCUGAUGUGUUUUAUAAUGAUAGAGAAGCUAAAAAAUAUGCUAGUUGCAGUAGAAUUCUUGAAAUACAAACUAGAAUGUCUGAAAGGGCAAUUGAAUUACUAUUAUUACCUCAAAAACCUUGUAUGAUUUUAGAUAUAGGAUGUGGUACUGGAAUCAGUGGUUCAGUAUUGGAAGAGUAUGGACAUUAUUGGAUUGGUAUUGACAUUAGUAGAAAUAUGCUUAAUAUGCUAGAUAUAUAUGAACCUGACUCUGAAUCCUCUGGAGAUGCCCUAUUAGCUGAUAUGGGUGAGGAUAUUAGAUUUAGACCGGGGGUAUUUGAUGGAGCAAUAAGUAUAUCAGCUAUUCAAUGGCUUUGUAAUGCAGACUCCAAAGAACACGAACCCUACCAGAGAUUACUUAUCUUUUUUCAAUGGCUUUUUAUAUCACUAAAUAGAGGUUCAAGAGCUAUCUUUCAAUUUUAUCCUGAUUCAUCAUCACAAGUAGAGAUGAUAACUUCUGCUGCUCUAAAGUGUGGUUUUGGAGGUGGGCUACUAGUUGAUUUUCCCAACUCAACAAAGGCAAAAAAGUACUUCUUGUGUUUAUGGGCUGGAUUUAAUCCAAACAUUCAAGAUUUAAAACCAAACUUAACUAAUGAGGAUGAAAAACAGUACAAUACUAUUAGACAUGAACCUAGGUCAAGAGGAAUUUUAAAGAAUAAAGGUCGUAGAGGGAAAGAUAAUGUAAGGGUGAAAUCAAAAGAAUGGAUACUUGAGAAGAAAAAAGUACAAAGAUUAAAAGGUCAUAAUGUAAGGCCAGAUUCAAAAUAUACAGGAAGGAAGCGAGCAAAUGGAUUUUAA